GGGAGGGUUUAAAGAUGACUGGGAGCCAUCUUACACACUCGCUUUACACCCCUAAAUAUAUGUCACAGCUCUACACCUAAAACUCACAAAUACAAACACACGGAGCUAUUUUCAGCCACAGUAGGCGGAAAACCUUUGAAAUUGUUGUCGAUGCAUAGAUGAGAAAGGAAUGGACAGAAAAUUCGAAAAGACUUGCACCGGCUUCGUGGACCCUGGUCUUUGAAACUUUUGCAAAGGAGGGAUUCAUUGAUUUGUGGAAGGAUAAUUGAAGCUAAUCUUCCUGCUUCUAAAAUCUGUGACCCAGUUGCUUGAGUGACAUUCAUAUUAAAAUGUUCCACAAGAGACUUGCAUAUUGAGGAACAAGGAACUGCUUGAAAAUAUUGCUUUACAUUUUUUGUGUGCUUUGGAUGCUUAGUAAGCUGUGGGAAGAGCAACUUGCAAAUUGUUUUGCAAGCCCAUCAGGAUAAAGGUAUCUCCAUUGUUGUUAUUGUUGCUCACUGUUUGGAAGAGAGAAUAUUAAAGUCAUGAGUACAGCCAGAAUGGAGAAUCCAGUGAUUCUGGGACUGUCGAAUCAGAAUGGUCAAAUGCGAGGCUCUGUAAAGCCAGCAGGGGGCCCUGGAGGUGGUGGAGGGGGGUCCCAAACAAUGCAGCCUGCCCAGGUCAAGGCCUCCAGUACAGUCAUCAAUGGCAACUCCCUGCCAGCACCCACAGCCAACACCAUUAUCAAGGCUGGGGAUGACUGGAAGAAGAAUCUAAAGCUUCCUCCAAAGGAUUUGCGCAUGAAAACUUCAGAUGUGACGUCGACCAAGGGAAACGAGUUUGAAGAUUACUGCCUGAAACGAGAGCUGCUUAUGGGCAUCUUUGAAAUGGGCUGGGAGAAACCGUCACCUAUACAGGAGGAGAGCAUUCCCAUUGCGUUAUCUGGGAGGGACAUUCUGGCCAGAGCCAAGAACGGCACAGGAAAAAGUGGCGCCUACCUCAUUCCCUUACUUGAACGCAUUGACCUGAAGAAAGACAGCAUACAAGCAUUGGUCAUUGUGCCCACUAGAGAACUGGCUCUACAGGUGAGUCAGAUCUGUAUCCAGGUCAGCAAACACAUGGGUGGGGUCAAGGUCAUGGCAACUACAGGUGGAACCAACCUCCGUGAUGACAUUAUGAGACUCGACGAAACGGUGCAUGUUGUCAUUGCCACUCCAGGAAGAAUUUUAGACCUCAUCAAAAAGGGAGUGGCCAAAGUCAGCCUAGUACAGAUGAUCGUGUUGGAUGAGGCAGAUAAGCUCCUGUCACAGGACUUUGUUAAGAUGAUGGAGGAACUUUUGAGCUGCUUGGCCAAGCAAAGGCAAAUUCUACUGUACUCUGCCACCUUCCCCCUGAGUGUGCAGAAGUUCAUGAACUCUCAUCUGCAGAAGCCCUAUGAGAUAAACCUGAUGGAGGAGCUGACCCUGAAGGGGGUUACCCAGUACUACGCCUAUGUGACUGAAAGGCAGAAAGUCCAUUGCCUUAAUACUCUCUUCUCCAGGCUCCAGAUCAAUCAGUCUAUAAUCUUCUGCAAUUCAUCCCAGCGAGUGGAGCUCCUGGCCAAGAAGAUCUCUCAGCUGGGAUACUCUUGUUUCUACAUUCACGCCAAGAUGAGACAGGAACACAGAAACCGCGUGUUCCAUGAUUUCAGAAACGGCUUAUGUCGAAAUCUCGUCUGCACUGAUCUCUUCACAAGAGGAAUUGAUAUACAAGCUGUGAAUGUUGUGAUCAACUUUGAUUUCCCCAAACUUGGAGAGACUUACCUCCAUCGCAUUGGCAGAUCUGGUCGAUUUGGACACUUGGGUCUUGCCAUUAAUUUGAUCACAUAUGAUGACCGCUUUAACCUGAAAGGUAUUGAAGAACAGCUGGGUACUGAGAUCAAGCCCAUUCCCAGCAGUAUUGACAAAAGUCUAUAUGUGGCCGAGUACCACAGUGAGAGUGGCGAAGAGGUUAAACUGUGAGCAAAAGAGAUCACCAAUCCUUUGUCCCCCUAUCCCCCCCUUUUUUUUUUUUUUUUUUUUUUUUUUCCUUCCCUACUGUGUCUAGGGAAUAUUUCUCUUUUCUUCAACUAUCUUCCAUCUGUCUUCCUCUUUCUCCCACUUUUUUGUUUUCUUGUCUGGUGCCACCGCAAGGAAUGUGAUGUUGCGACUGCCCAAUAAUCGUGAAGGACUUGUGGCCUAAUACAGGACUGCUGCACAAUUAUUCCACCCUGAAGACUUUCAAUCACUUAAUGAGGAGGGAAAGAGGGGAAACGAGGAUCUGAAUUAUCAACCGAGGGGGAAAAAAAAAAGUGACAACUCAUCGCCUGCAAGCACAUCCUCAACCUGCACUCACUCUAUCCCUUUUGCAUCUUCAUGUUUCUAGUCAUUUGAAACAAGUGCCUUAACAAGCAGUUUAACUUGUUCAAAAAGUAAUAACCUGAUUUUCUCUUUUCGCCACUUUUUGAGACUAGAUCAUCUUGUUUUUCUCAAGCUUUUGCAUAGCUUGUCAGCCCCCCUCCCAUUUGACAUCAAGAGAUCCAUUUUGCAACUGCCACCCUUUAGAGUUUUAGGGCAAUUAUUAUAAAGAACAGGAUUUUGCAGCAAAAGAGCGGUGAGGCAGCAUGUGUUAUUGUGCGGCCUUUGGCGUACUUGACUAUGGUGUGAAGAGAAACCCCCUGGAGAACUGCGACGAUAUCAGUGACCAGCAUGAUUGCAGUGAUAUGAGGCUAAUGUUCCUGUGGCAAGCUUUCAAAAGUCCCGCAAGGCUCUCAGUGGCUUUUUCCUUCAACUGCUCAUGGAACAUGCCAUGCCUCUAGAGACCCAUAAUUCUUUCCCCCUCUGUCUUCAGUGGGCCAACACUAAGAGGGACUUGACCAGACUCAGACCAGCCUUUUCUUUUUGACUUCAGUGCAGUUUCGCAUUCUUAAUGGGUAGGCACUCUGUCCUAAAUGUGCCAUUUAUACAGAUCUGGGCACAUUGUAAACAUUUUGUAAAUACUUUAGUUUUUUUUUUUUUUUAAUGGAUUGUUUUAAAAUGAGCUAAAGAGGCUGGGUGACCAUUAGAAGUUGUUGAAAAGAUCUUUUAAAUAUAGGGUUCUGUCAGCACUGGAUGGCACUAUUUUGUUUGCGUAUUCCCUUUUUGUUUUUUUUUUUCUCCCCUCCCCCCCAGUUGGGAAAGUAAAGCCAAGUUUAUACCAAUAUAAAAUUGGACCUUUUUUUUUUUUUUUUUUUUUUUUUUUUUUUAAAUCCCCAAACUUUGUUCAAGAGUCUAUUAGAGUAUGAGCUUGGAGACAUUGUUCUCAAGAAUAUUGUUUGAGCAGGUGGUGCAGUCGUUCAGAUUUGCACUUGUGUGUUCUAAAUUAUUAAAUCUCAUUCGUUACCCAGUGUUGACAAAGUUCCUGACGUUGGUUGCUCAAAUGGCCUCUUAAGAAUGAAAACAUGAGGCUUAUUUGCUUUCCAACCUUUUGCUUGUAAAAUUGACUUGAGGCACUCGGCAGGGUCCCCUAGCCGGGGUGACUUAUCAUAGAGGUAAUUUAAUAUUUUCAUCAUGUAAUAGUGCUACUCGCUGCAGUGCAGCUCAAAUUGGCAAUGUACAAAAUAUUGAAUUUAUAAGCGAGAUGUGUAGCUGUUACAUGGGUCUGUGUUCACUGCCAUUGGCACUGGGACAUGAUGACUUUAAACAGACCAUUGGGGGUGGGAGGGAUUGAAGGACUUGGAUGUUCCUCACUGGAAAAAGGAAAAAUGGACAAAAAUCUAAAACAAACUGGAUGCCAAGAAUUAUAAACAUUGGACUGUCAUAAUGUAGCGGCAAAGAGAUCUAGUGCACAGUAAGUCAACUGGCCUUUUUGUAAUAAGAUGCUGCACAGACUUAACAGAAUCUAAACCUUUGUGUUGUGGGCUGCACUUAGUUUGAACUUUAGUUCAGGGGUUGGGCAAUAAUACGGGCUGCACUUGUGCUAAGGGCACUUUCUCUGUAAGAACAGAAGUGUUUAGACCGACUGGGAAGGUUUUUUUUUUUGGUGGGGGGAGGGGGGGUGGUUUGGAAAUACUGUGGCAGGGACAUGGGUAUUUCAUGGGUGCUGAUAACCAAAUGAUUUUUUUUUUUUUUUCUUUCUUUGCAGCAGAAUAUUUAUCUCCCCUUUCCCCCAAACACUAAUAGCCUUUCAAGAUUUGAGUGACAAUAUUUUUUUGCUGGGGAUUGACAGUGGCUUGUUUGAGACACUUUAGCCCAUCUGCUGCUUUUGGAUAAGUUGGAUGUUUUGACCCUUAAAUGUUUGAGGGUUAUAUCUUUAUGGGGUGGGUAAGAGUUGGGAGGGAUGCAAUUUUGCCUUUUGUGAUAAUUGGCACAGAAUUGACCUGAAAUUAAUUUUACUUUGUGCGGAUUAACGUGUCCCCUUUCAAAAAUCAAAUACAGGUGAGAUGUUUCUUUUAUAAAUUGGAUCAGCAUUGUUUACUGGGAAGUGUCACAAUUAGUUUUUCCAACAACAUUUUAAGCUAAAGGUUGUACUUAACACAUUAUGAGCAAAAUUUAAAGUUACUGUGGUGUUUGGGGACCCCCUUAUCCUUUUCGAAAAUUUGCAACACUUUCCCAGUAGCAUUGCUUGAAUCUAAGCUUGUAUGCUCUUCUCUAUAGCACAUUACCUCUCUGUGUGCACAUAGAUGCCCCACCUUUUUAGUCAUCUUGGUUUCUUUUGGGGGCUAUUUGAUUGCAAGAUCUGCUCUAGAGAGGAGUAUACGAGUUUAUGGGCUCUUUGGCAGCAGCCUGGUGUUUAUUUUUCAAAAACCACUUGCUGUGAAAAUCAGUUUGUUCAUGACCUGUUGUAAAUCAGCAUGUGAUUGUAUGUGCUUGGCCUUUUCCGAAGUGGUUGGGGUUUUGGUUCUUUUAUUUUUCAUUUUUUACUUUAGAAGAAUGAGGUGGAGAACAUCUCGCCUGUUCCUAUUUAAAACCUGGAAUAAUCUCAUCUUCAAAAUCCACUCAUUCUUCAGGUUUUGUUAAUAUUUUUUUUUUUUUUUUUUUUUUUUUUAAUUUUUGGGUGGGUGGGAAGGGUGUUUUGCUGCCCUGAUGUAUCUGUUUCUUAAUUCUGGACACUUGGCCAGUUUACAAUAAUCAGCCUGUUCAGUCUCGCAGUGUUUGGAUACAUCAGUCUGGGUUUGUGGGUGGGUAGGGGGGAGGGAAUGGAGAGAAUUGGGAAUUAAAAAAUUGAAAUCAACAAUUCAGGAGUUCUGGGUAAGGAAAAUUCGAUCUCUAAACUUUGCCCUUUAGAUUUUGGAUUUUUUUUUUUUUUUCUUUAAGUGAAAAUCUAUUGGAUAUUGCGUUUUUAUUAAAAAAGACCAACCAAAUUUAUUCAAUCAAAAGUUUGAGUUUUGUUUUUCUUUUGAAAUUGGGCAAUUUCAAUUGGCAUUGUUCUCAGUGAUGCUACAUUUUAAAGAUUGAGGUUUUGUGAUGUGUAAAUGCAAUGGUUAACAUCUGUGGUUUUUGUUUGAAAAUAAAGCUCACUGAAGUUCCACUUAAA